GCGAGGGAGCGAGACAUGGCAUCGCCUGUCAGUCAACCGGUGACGAUCGCCACGCGAUAACGUAUAAAACUUAACAAAUUUUAAUAAAUUAUGAUUAUUAAUUAAAGAAUGACAGUUUAAUUUUUUAAUUUUCGUUUAGUUUUUUUGUUGGAACAGUGCGGUGGUGAACCGAACGUUAUGUGACGUAGUGACGUUUGGUUUUUGCGUAAAUUUAAAAUAAUAUAAUGGUGUUUCAGUGAUUGUAUUGUAAUAUGGUAGUGUUGUGUAUGUUUAGUAAUGGUUUUUAGCUUCAAAACGCUGUUCUUAUUGGAUUCUAAUAAGCUUGUCACAAGGACAGCGCUCGUCCCUUGGACGCGGUUGCCAUAAUGAAAGAAAAGAGCAAGAAUGCUGCUCGUUCACGACGUGAGAAAGAAAACGCAGAGUUUCUAGAACUUGCCAAGCUCCUCCCACUGCCGUCCGCGAUCACGUCUCAACUGGAUAAGGCGUCCGUGAUACGGCUGACGACCAGUUACUUGAAAAUGCGGCAGGUUUUUCCUGAUGGUUUAGGAGACGCGUGGGGAGCAGCACCUCCCCCUCCUCAGCCCCGGGAGCUUUCCAUACGGGAGUUGGGCUCCCAUCUUCUGCAGACUCUGGAUGGAUUCAUAUUUGUCGUCUCCCCUGAUGGCAAGAUCAUGUAUAUUAGUGAAACAGCUUCGGUUCAUCUUGGUUUGAGUCAAGUAGAGUUGACGGGGAAUUCGAUAUACGAGUACAUACACCAAUCAGACCACGAGGAGAUGACGGCAGUACUCAGUCUGCAGCACCCUCAUUCAUACCAACCACAUCAGUAUCCUAGUCUUGGGUACCCAGUGGGUGGCACGUGGGGUCCGACAGUGGAUAUUGAGUGUGAAAGAGCAUUCUUCAUACGAAUGAAAUGUGUUCUCGCAAAACGAAACGCUGGACUCACAACUUCAGGGUACAAAGUGAUACACUGUUCAGGGUACCUCCGAGCGCGGCGGUUCGGUGAAGGAUGGGCACCGCUCGGCCUCAUCGCAGUCGGACACUCACUACCGCCAUCUGCCGUCACAGAACUGAAACUACACUCCAAUAUGUUCAUGUUCAGAGCCUCUUUAGACAUGCGGCUUAUAUUCUUAGAUGCAAGGGUGGCGUCGUUAACAGGGUAUGAACCUCAGGACCUGAUUGAGAAGACGCUGUAUCAUUACAUACAUGGAACUGAUGUAUUACAUAUGAGGCAUUCGCACUGUACACUGCUAACAAAAGGUCAAGUGACGUCAAGGUACUACCGUUUUCUUACAAAAAGUGGAGGCUGGGUGUGGAUGCAGAGCUACGCGACCAUCGUGCACAACUCCAGGUCUUCAAGACCGCACUGUAUCGUGUCCGUCAACUACGUUCUUAGUGACAUAGAAGAGAAGCAUCUAAUACUAAACAUCAGCCAAGGUACACCAAAGCACGCCCCAGUGGAGUGUCCCACGCCGUCCCACGUCCCCACAACUACCACAUCACCACAAAUGCCACACGUGAGACAUCCAGAAAAAAUUCCAGUUCCCGUCGCUGAGAGCGAGUACAGCGACUCAAGUGGGGGGUACAAUUACCCAGAAUACAUCCCAGUAAUACCCCCCUACGAGACACAAGAAGAAUACCAACAGCAAAACGGUACAUACCAGGAAAUAUUCUACGAAAAUUACACAGAUACGGGAGAAAUAUUACCAAACUACGUGAGUUUUCCACAAAACCAACGGCCAUUUUCCGCCAGUUCCUCAUCGUGCAGCUCAAUAGAGGGUUCAGAGAUACCAAAUCAGUACAACUACACAAAUUUAAUAUCAUUUUACCACAAUCAGAACCAGAAUGGGAGGCCGGUUGGGGAAAAUUUUGGGGGAUCUUUCGGGAAGAUCGCUCCGAGUCCGACUGUGCAAGAGGGGGGGUAUACAAGUGUGAUAGUGGAUAAUACGCAACAGUUCCACCACCAUGGAGGGGGAGUGAAUGAGUUUGUGCAUUGACUGUUAUAGCAUAUGUCUAGGGUUACAAUUGUAUAUGAUACUGGUUCAGAUAUGUGAACUGUGUGACGGUAGAGCCGGUGAUGACGUAAAAUGUUUGCCGGAUCCUUAAAAUGUAUCGGAUGUGUGAUUUUAUUUAUAUUCUGUGGUAAUUUAUGUGUUCGUUUCACUAUUUUGAUGAAGACAAGGAAGUAGUAGAAUAUCAAUAAUUAUUUUCAACUUUAUUUCAAAGUUUAUUUAGGUUGGAAAUCUAUUAUGUUGGCGGUCUUUGACUUCAUAUUUUGCUCCAAUAUUAACAAAAAGGCCAUUUGCAUCUAUAAAACUUCUUUGAUAGAUUUUUUAUUGUAUUUAUUUUGUAAACAAUUAAAAAUUAAAAUUUAUGUUUUAUUAUUGUUUCUUAAGACUGCUUUCGUACUACUCAAAAAUACAAGUGAUAAGAAUUUUCGUUUUUUUUUUGUAAUAGAAUAACGUAAUAACGUUGUAACGGUUGAAUAACCGUUAUCGAUAAACGUUAUUGUAUAGUAUAUUCAUAAGCGAAAUUCAAUUGUAAAUAUUAUGUAAAUAUUACAUUAAAUAAAUAAACAUUAAGCUACGUAAUUGUAAGAAAAUGUAAUAUUCUAAAAUAUAAUUCUCGAAUUAUUAAAGAUUGACAAGAUUUAUUACGAUUCAUUAUAUUGGUCGGCGGCCAUUGUUUUUUAUUUUCCCGCGUAAAAUAUAAUUUUUUUUUCGUUACAGCGCAUAAUGACACCAAUUUAUCAGCCAAAUUGAUUUUUUUACUAUUCCAAUUUCAAUUCAAAGAAUCCGUGCCAAAAUAUAUUCAAUUUUUUUAUCUCAGUAACUUUGUGUGCCAAGAGAAUUUUAAAUAAAUAUCAGUCAAUA